AUGGCGGAGUGGGACACGUCGAAGGCUGAUGGUGAGAUACUAGAGGUGGCCCAGGCUUGGUUGAUCCUUCCACCCACAGGGUGGGAUCUCCCUGACCCGGAGAGCUUGCUAGAGGGACCGGCGCUUGAGGUGGCAAAGGGGCUCCUGGACUGGAUCACCAUGCUAAAGGACGUCGGCCUGACUGGCUGGGUGGUGCUCCAGGAGUUCUUGUUCUGUUGGGUGCUCCCCUUGGCCGCAAGGCUAGCCCCGAUGUGGGAGUACAUCGGGCUUGGGGACACUUCCUCCGUGGCGAAGGGCCAAUUUACGGCGGAGUCAGUGAACGGGCUAGCAUGGAUGGUGCUGGGCUCCGCCUCAGGGGAACCGGGGGCCGGGGUUGGCCUGGCACCCUUCUCCGUAUUCGAGCCGAGGCCCAACAAUUUCCCCUACAAAGGGGUGGUCUCGCUCCCCCCCAGCCCUAUGGGAGGACUCCAUGUGUUAGACGACGGCCCGAAGGCCGACGCUUGGCCAGAGCUGAUCCAGUGGUGUGAGGCCUUUAAUGAGCUGGUCACCUUCUUCUACAACUCCUUCACGGCCAUGAUUGGGCGCACCGAAACUCUUGCAGCAUUCCCGGAGGAAGUCAGAGCUAGUCUAGGAGUGGGAGAGGUGGAGGCACUGACGGAAGCGCUUGUCCACGAGCGCGACAGCGCACGGGGAACCCUGGCGCAGGUCGAGUUUGAAUUGGAUGCAGAGCAGAAGGCCAAGUACGCCAUGGAGGCAAGGGCUGAGGAGGAUGCAGGGAAGCUGCGCAUAGAGCGGGAUCGCCUAUGGGGCGAGCUACGGGCGGAGUCAAAGGUGUCGGUGGAGAACCAGGCCACCCUGGAGGAAUGCAGGCGGCAACUUGACGCGAUGCGGGCGAAGCUACAGAAGUUCAUCGCCGGCAUAGAAGAGGGAGGGCCUGAUCUUGCUAGUCGAUUGCACGCCCUCAUGCCACACGUUCCUCGGGCCGUCGUGAGCGUGAUUCACCAGGGGGCCAGCACAGCCCUGACGCUGACAAGGCUUUGGCACCCCGACAUCGACUUGAGCCUCAUCAUGAGAGGCACGCCUGAGAAGACCUUAGAGAAGAAACUAGAGGAGACCGAGGAGGCAGUUGCCCCCUUCGUGGACACCACGGCCAGGGUAGUCGACAACAGGCUGCUGCUGACGGACAAAUAUCCCGAUGAAGACGGUGCUCCUGCUGGCCCUCCGGUGCCCCCUGGACCUGCGUGA